GAAAUGUUUUUUUAAAUUGUAUUUCCGGCUCACAACAUCGGAGAAAGUAGGAAUCACGAGGCGCGGAAACGCUAAGAUGUUCUGCGCCGCCUUGAUAAUUUUUUUUCUGUUUAUCGACGGUAAAAUUGUAGCAAAAAUACGACAUGCGCACCUACAGAGUCGUUAAUUUAUGUGAAUUUCCCCGUGGUUAAGUUCACAGACAUGUUAAAACACUGCGGGGUUGUCGUGUCCUUUACUUGUAGUCACCAAAGUAGACCGCCAUCCAUAACUUUACGUACACAUGCUAUUAUACUUUACAGUUCGUGAAUAUUAUGCCUUUUUGGUUGUUUCGGUAAUGAAAUGCUUUCAUAUUUCUUUAACUCCUCCGUGUACUUCAUUACCGUCCACCUACAUAAGUAAGCUAUUUUAAUGUCUGGCUGUGUAAUUGCUGUUACAACAUAACGCUUACGUGUUAUUUAUCUCCCGUAUGGAAAUGGACAUUUUACAUUCUCUUCCUGGUUUCAUCAUCCACUUUAGCCUGCCUUGUCUGAUCCAGUUGUAGUUUAGCGAUUUAUGCGAAAAAGCGAGCAUCAGUAUGACUGUUGGCCGCUCCUUAUCUAAAUCUCGUCAUUACACCUCAACGUGGACUGAACGUUGAUGUCCCGGCAGAUCGGUGUGUUAUCUUACACGUCGACCUUUUUUCGCCUUCUCCGGUACCGAAAGGGGAGUAUGGCUCGGUAUGACAUCUGCAGCCUGUUAGAUUGGGCUUACGGAGGUGUCGACCCGAAAUUUGAGGGCAAUGGAGGGCCGGAGUGUGCGGCUUUCCUUACGCCGAAGCAGCGACUGGUGGAAAGCCUGGUUAUUAUUUUGAUGUCCGUCGUAGAGAUUGCAUUGGCAUUACGGAAAAUCAACUCCUCCAAAGAGCAAAAGGAAGGCGCCAAAGAAGACUUCAAAAGCGAGGAAGCUGGGCCAGGGAAUAACCUUCUAUUGGUCGCUCUCUGCUUGACAUUUGGAGUUGAAGUGGGGUUCAAGUUCGCGACCAAGACCGUAAUUUAUCUGCUGAAUCCCUGUCAUGUUGUCACCUUGAUGCAGAUUUUCCUGUUGGCCUGUCCACCAUGCAAAACAGCCAGAGUCAUUUUCCGGCUUCAAGUCCACAUGCUGAACGGGGCCCUGUUGGCGCUGCUCUUCCCUGUUGUCAACACCAGACUGCUGCCUUUUGAAAAAGAAGUCUACUAUAUUCAACAUGUCAUGCUGUACUUGGUCACUAUUUACCUUUUCAGAAAGGGAGGGGUAUACAGGCCGGAGCCAUUAGGAGAUAUCUGGUGGGCCGUCCUGUCCAUUGGGAUCCUCUUUUUGUAUCAUUUCACCUUCCUGCAGGCGCUGGGACUGGUUACAGAGGUCAACCUGAACAACAUGCUCUGCCCAGCGGUGUCGGACCCUUUCUAUGGGCCGUGGUAUCGGGUGUGGGCCACGGGUCAUCAGACUUUACUCAUUCCCAUCCACGGCAAGGUGUUGACAGUGAUCGUCUACCACUCAGCCUCUGCCUACGGACAGCUGUUGCAUACGGCAAGAUGGCAAACCAAAAAAGCAGACUGAAGAAAUAUUUUAUUUUAUUUUAUGUGAUAUGUGUGUGUGUGUGUGUGUGUGUGUGUGUGUGUGUGUGUGUGUGUGUGUGUGUGUGUGUGUGUAUGAAUGGUUUUUAAUUUAUAUAUUUACUAUUCUUCCUAGGUCAGUGAAAGUUUCAUAACCCAGGAAAUUCUGGUGAACAUAGCUGGCCUUCACCAUUCCCAUAUUUUUUAUUAAUGCAUUUUCUUGGAAAAUGCUUUUAUAAUUGCAUAAAUUUGUUUGUUGCAAAGUUUAUACUGCUGAAUGUGACUGGAGCGUAACUCUGCAUGUAUGUGCAUUUGUUAUUAUUCAUGUAGCAUGAGUUGAAAGCCAUUGAAAUAUUUCCAAAAUUUACUUCAAAAUUUUUUAAAUAUACAUUAUAUAUAAAUACUUAGAAUCCUGGAGUUCUGUAUUUAUACAGUUGGUUCAUGGAAAUGUAACUAGUAUUUUCUGUAAUGUUUGCACAUAUAGCUUAAUUGCUACAAAUAAAGUUGGUCAGUUUUGUGGAUAUUAA